CAUGUCCAUGCUCUGACAGCUGUGUGUCUGUGACCGCUGGGAUAGAAAUGUGUCAUUCGUAAAUUUUAAACGUCUGUGUCAAUGUAGCAAAACAUCAAAACAGAGGGUUUGAGGAUAUUUUCAUCAGUACCAUGGCUCGGGUUGUGAAAGUGUUUCGGACUCUGCGGAAUCACUGGAAGAAGUCCACAUUUGCUGUGUGUGUCCUGUCUUACGGAGGCCACUGGCUGUAUGGGAAACACUGUGAUAACGUCCUGCGGAGAGAGGCUUGUCUAGUGGCCAGGGAAUUUGGGCGUCAACAGAUAGCACCACAGGAGCGGCUGAGGAAAGCAACAGUGAUCUUGAAUCCUGCAGCUUGCAGUGGGAAAGCCAACAACCUGUUUGAAAAGAAUGCUGCUCCUAUUUUACACCUGGCUGGUGUGGAGAUUACCAUAGUAAAGACAGAUUAUGAAGGUCAGGCAAAAAAGCUGAUGGAGCUCAUGGAGCAGACAGACAUACUGAUUGUGGCCGGAGGGGACGGCACCUUGCAGGAAGUCAUCACAGGUUUACUGCGAAGGCCAGAUCAAGAUACACUCUGUAACACACCGAUCGGAUUCAUUCCACUGGGCUCUCGCAAUUCCUUGAGUCCAAGUCUUCACCUCCUCAGUGACAACAAGGUCAAAGACAUUACAUCAGCAACAGUGUCCAUUCUGAAGGGAGAAACUGUACCUCUGGAUGUGCUGCAAAUCAAAGGGGAGAAAGAGCAGCCAGUCUUCGCUCUGAUGGGACUACGCUGGGGUGCUUUUAGAGAUGUGGCUGCAACAAUCAGCAAAUACUGGUACCUUGGACCACUGAAGACACAUGCAGCACAUUGGUUUAGCACUCUAAGGGAGUGGCCCCUAGUACGUGAUGUCUCAAUAUCUUACCUGGCUCCGAACCUCCGGCCCCCUGAUCUGCCCCCUCAGAAGCCCCCCAGACCCAACCUGCUGUACCGGAUCAUCCGCAGGCUGAAAAACCACUGGUACCCUCCUGUCGAAGAGCCUCCAAAAGCGGAAGAGCCAGAGCAGUGGAAGGAGGAGAAGCUGUCAACAUUUGAGCUGUUCAUUCAAACGCACAAUCAGAACCCAGUGAAUACGCGCAUAAAUGACUCCCUGAUGAUCUGUGCAGAGCCAGACAACUUCACAGUGGGCGAGUACAUCACUGUUGGAAAUAAAAAAGAAGAGGAUCCAACUAUAUUCACUAAAAACUCCACAAAACUGGAAGCCGGCGCUUGCCGACUGCAGCUGCCAGAGGGUGCCGCUGGCUUCUACAACAUCGACAACGAGGAGUAUGAAGCCAUGCCUGUGGAGGUAAGGCUGUUGCCACGGAAACUACGCUUCUUCAUCAGUGCAGAGCGCAGAGAGCAGCUCCUCUCACAGAUGCAGUGAUGGAAAAAAAAAACACUGAACCAGAAAACUGAUUACAAGAGAAAGACAAAAGCAGAGACCAGAUGCCAUGAAACUCUGAGGUCAUUUUAAAAGGAAGUCUGCUGUGUCAGCAGUUUUAAAUGCUGACCAAGUACGGACCGUUUAACUACAUGUAAACAUUAAAAGAAUAUUCAGUUGAACAAUUAUGAGGAAGAUUACAUUACAUGCUGUUAUAUAUGAAAGGACCAAGGCUUUGUUUCUUUAAGCCAGUAGCCCAUGUACAGGC